CCGGACCGAAACUAACUCGACCCCACAAACCUUUUGACAUUCCAAUUACACACUAGGGUGCUGUUUUGGAUCUCUCUCAAAACACCCGACACAGUUCUCCGGCGCCGAAUUCAACCCUCUGAUCGCAUUCCGUUUUUAAAUUCAAUUUGUUGAUUUUCAUCUAUUUUUCCCACAAAAAAUUGCGUGAAAGAACAUGAAGUGGAACAGUGUAACGAAGCCCUUUAAGAAGCUAUUGGUAUCCCAUGGAGGAUCUACAGCUGGGCGUAAUUCUGCGGGGCGUAUUACUAUCUUUCAUCGAGGGGGUGGUGCGAAGCGUCUACAACGAAAAAUUGAUUUAAAGAGAAGCACUUCUUCUAUGGGUGUGGUAGAGCGAAUAGAAUAUGACCCUAAUCGGUCCUCUAGGCUUGCUCUAGUUCGAUGGAUUGAGGGGGUGCGUCCAAGUAAUCAAAGGGAUUGUGAUAAAGGGUUUAUUCCACCACAAAAAGUUGCUGAACUUAUCACAACCGAGGUUGCUGGUCAGUUCUCGUUAGCUUGUCUGGCUUCAGGACUGAUGGGGGGUAAUGUGUGCGAUAAGGAGGGAAAAAUUAAUAGUGUGAAGGAUGUAUUUGUUUCUGCUUUUGGUUCUGAGCGUGCCAACAGAGAGAUGUUAACUAAUAUCCCACGAGCAGCUGUAGCUGGAGCAAAGCCAUCUGUCUUUGCUCGAAAGAUUAGGGAUCAAGUUAGUGAAGCGAAGGAAUUUUCUCCCUCUGAUCUCCAAUGGUGGAGGAAAGACAGUAGUAUUUGGGAUCAUAAGCUCAAGCGUAAAGCAGCUGUACCAUGGUCAAGUUUUGUCCAUGAAGAGCCCGUUGGGCUUGCUAAAGUAGCUCAGAAUGACAAGUCAGCAGGGAAAUCACCAAGGAAUUCUAUGCGCAUGGUUGAUCGUGCUCCACUGACUUACAUAUUAGCAAGCGACAAGUUGGAAGAAGGGAAGAUGGUGAUGAACUAUGAUUGGUCCAAACGUCCUAACCGCAGUUGAAGCCUCAAAAUUUGUACCAGAUGCCAAAAUGAAUAAGCUGAUUUGAAGCCGAUAAUAGGUAGACGUGUGAGUUCAAGCUGAUUUGGUUGUCACAAUGCAAGUAAUUCUUACGAAUCAGUCAAAUUCUAUGCUGCCAUCCCUUUUUUUUUUGAAAUUUUUGGACCGUCCAUACCAAUUUUAGAUCCAUAGUAGAAUAGACCGUGGCUUUGCUCCUUUUCCUUGUUUAGAUCGUCUUUUAAAGAUCAAACGAAAGUUACUUUGAAAUAUUAAAA